UUUUAUAGGAAAAAAUAAUUGGACAAAGAGGACGGAGUCUUUUCGUGGUUGUAUUUCUCUAUGGAAGUUGAUCAAAGGAAAUGGACAAGGGAGAUAUUUACAUUGUAGUGCGCCAGAAGUGGACAGAACGCACAAGGGAGUUAUUUAUUCUGAUCCAUUUCAUGAGGUGAGGAGAAAAAGAGAGAAGAAGAAAGAGGGUACAAGAGUGAUGGAGUCUCGGAAAUCCAGUGAGCAGGCAGCUCCAGGGAAGAAAUUUAGCACAUCUAGUCGUGCAGCUCAAAGAGUAGGCUAUACUCGGAAUGGUACAACUGGGGGCAACAGGGAAUUUCGUAUUGUAAGAGACAACCGAGUAAACCAUAGUAUCUCUAGGGAGAUGAGGCCUCCUUUGCUGCCGUGUUCAACAUUGUCCACUGAGCAACUGAUCUCUCAUGUUUCUGUAAAGGGUUCAACCGGGAUUUCUGACAAUCCAAACUCAUCUGGAUCUGAAGUUAUGCAAACUGUUUCAAACCCUAGGCACUCCCAGGAUACCAAUUCAAGCAGCAUUACUAGGAAAGAAUUACAGGAGAAGGAGCUAGUAGUUCCAACUGCUGUUACACAGUUGCAAGGAUCUAACCCGCAUUCUCAACCACAAUUUGCAACUCUGGCAUCUAACCACUCAGUCAUAGGGUUGUACUCAUCUUCUUCAGAUCCUGUUCAUGUCCCAUCUCCUGACACAAGAUCUGCUGCUAAUAUUGGUGCUAUUAGGCGUGAACUCGGGGCAGUAGGUGUUCGCUGUCAGUCUUCUAAAACUUCAGGGAAACCUUUGCCUGCACAAAACAGUUCCCAGCACGUCGAUCAGCAUAUCUUUCUUGAGCAAUCAGUAUAAUAGCAGACCACAUCAACAAAUUGUGGGUCAUCGGAAAGAUUCCAUCUAACAAAGAGAAAGAAGCAGCCAAAUUUGCUCAUGACUUGGACCUCAUACAAUGGCCUCCAUUCUUAGCAAGGUUUGUUCUUUGUAUCAAUAUUUUAUUAAAAAUUGAAGUGUUUUUAGAUAAACUAAUUAUAUAAACAUGCAAUUUAGUUUCAAUCAACUAUAGUGGGUUAAGAGGUCCUAAAAUUAACCUUUUAUCUAACAAGUUAAGUUUUUAGAUGAAAUGAUGGUUAAUAAUUCAAUAAUAGGAAUAAACAAAAAGGAAAUCAAUAAUGUGUAGGAUAGUGAAAAACAUUUACUAUUUAGUAAAGGGUAUCCCCCUAGUACAUGAGGUUCUUUGCUCUGUGAGAGCUUGGGCUUUUGGGACGGUGGUCUUUGUAUGCAACCAUACACUUGCUUUCAAAGUGGUGGUUUUUUGACCUUCCACUCACAAAAGAGCUUAUUUCUCUUUGCUAUCAAGGCUCACACUCAUAUUACUAAACAGCAAUAUUAUGAAAAAGGUAUCCAUACCAACACUGCAUGAUGUCAUGUGCAACUCCAGAAUAAGUGGAAAAUACCAUACGUACAUUAGAUUUGAAGAAAAAUGAGAUCCUGCCUAAUUUAGCAUGUAGUAUAUGUGUGGACAAUUAGAUCAUGCAAUUCAUGUUCAUCAACUGCUCAAACUCCUUGUUUUCCCGCUAUAAUUCCCACAAAUCACAUGUGACUAAAACCUUCUUUGCCAAUAUUAGAUUUAGGCAUUGCACCAUGCAGGUGCAUGUAUCAGAUCUCACCUCGCAUCUCCUCUCCAAAUCUCCAUGUGAGAACAUUUUGUAUCUCCUAAUAAAAUGGGGGAAAAAAAUCCUCACCUAGCAGUAGCCAAGUCCCAAGCCUCCACACAAUUUUCCAUGAUAGCAACUAAUUGUUGGAGCUAGAUCCGGGAUGCCUUUAGUCCCAUCCUCCCAGGGAAUGCCUCGACCAAAGGGUGCCUCCAUUUAUGCAAGAUUUUAUAUUCUCUAACUAUCCAAAGCCAACCACUAUCUGCUCUCUUUGGCAUCUCAAUUGGGUAAAUAUCCACUCGGAAUCUUCUUAUAGCCAAUCAUAAUAGCAUAAUCAGCUAGGCAUCUACUCAAAGCAGAUUUCCUUGGCAUCUCUAGUAACUGCCCAUAAUUAACUCAUUUCUUAGUACCACAGGUUUACCAUAGCUUGGCAUAUCCACUGGAUGUUAUGGGUUUUGUUGUGGUGUGGUUGUCAUGACGGCACUAAAAAAUCUACAUCCCACCCAAUCAUUGAGAUAAGGCACUGAAAAGACAUAAGUAAUUAUUUUUAUAAAGUUAGUCACUGUUUCUUUUUCUUUUUUAAAAAAAUUAUUUUUCAAAAAUCAUAUAAUUAUUUUAAAAGAUUAAGACAAAACUGUCGACUUGUCCAAAUAAGCUGUUGACUGAAGGGGCAUAAAUCCCCAAGAGAUCCUAAACUAAACAAAGAAUGAGAUGCUAAAAUCACACCCCCUAGUGACAGCAGGAAUCACUACCAAGUACAAUGAGAAUUUAGAACUCCCAAAUAGUCAGCCAAUUUUAUCAUUUGUUGACAAUUUUUCUUUUGAUAAAUUAAAACGUCUAAUUUUUGCAGGCAUUAAAUGUUCUUAAUAGCUUAAUCAAGGGUUCAUUUGUUUCAAAUAUGGGAAAAAGUUAUAAAUACUGUUCAAGAAAGCACGAGAGAAUAGUAAUGAAAUAGUGUAAGCAUCAUAGUCAUAUUUUCUUUUUCAAACGCUCAUUUUAUUUAUACUUUUCUCUCAAAAGGUUAUAUAUAUUAAAUUAUUUUGUUUUAGCCUUUACUUAUAUAUUUAAGAGAUUUUGUAACUGGGAGAUUUAUCAGUAUUGUAUAUUAUAUAUUGUCUAGCAUUAUUGCUAAAGUGGUUAUUUUAUAUAAGUAGGAGGUUGUAUUUAUUUAGUUGGUUGUUAGAGGGCUAUUUGUGUUCAAGUAGGAAAUUUUAGUAAAUUUGAAAAUUCUUAGGGUCCGUUUGAUUGCAAGGGUGGAAUUUGGGUGAAAAUAAAAUGAAUUACAGAGAAAUGAAUUACCUAGAAUUAAAUUCUAAGAAAAGUAUUAAUUAAAAGUGUUUGAUUGGCUUAAUUUUUUACUUAAAAAUUGUUAUAGUUUUUCAUAAAAAUAAUUAUAUAUACAUAUGUAGAUAAUUAAUAAAUACACAAAUUAAUAAUCAAUACAUAACUCAUUCUUAGCCAUAAUUUCCCUUUAUAGCUCUAGUCGUUGUCGUUCCCUUUUUUGUCGCAAAUCGAAAGUUUCCCUUUUGCCUAGAAAAUAAUUUCUCUCCCUCACCCUAAGAAUUCAUUUUCCAACAAAAGUGAGGAAAGAGUGUCAAGUGACCCUCAAGUGAGAAUUUAAUUUACUUAGAAAAUUAAGCAAUCAAAUAUUACAAAAGUUAGAAUUUAGAUGAAAAAUAAUUAUUUUUUAUGAAAAAUAUGGCCAGUCAAAUAGGCUUAGUGGAAAGUUAAGAUAUUUUUAACACAUAAAAUUAAUUCGUUUUAUUAUUCCAUGUCUAUAAUAUUUUUAUUUAAUAUUUUUAAUUGAUUUAAAAGUCUUUUAAUUAUUUAAUUAUUUUUUUAAUUUAAUUAUUUUUUAAUUAUAUGAUAAAAUAUUAAAUUUUAAAUAAAUAAUAUAAUUUAAAUUUAUUAAUAAAUUAUAAAAGAAGUACUAAAAAAUAUUACUUAAUACAAAACUAUCUUAAUACAAAAAUUAAUAAGUAAGACAUAAAACAGAAAAGUUUUUGAAAAUCUGCAUUCCCUCAUCUGCAUUCUCUCCAUCCAAAUCUUUCUCCCAAUAUUAUAUUUAUAUAAUAAAAUAAAAAAGUUUUUGAAAAUGUUUCAAAGGAGAGAUUUUAAUAGCUAGGAUCAUUUUUGAUACAUUUGAUGGUUGGGAUUAAAAUUUUUCCUACCCACAGUUCACAGCUCCCUCUGUCUCUCUCUCUCUCUCUCCCACCCACCCACUCACUCCCUGCCUCUCUAUCUCCCUUUCUCUUUAUUUCUCUCACAGGCGCACCCACCCACGCCUCUCUCUCUCUCUCUCUUUCUCUCUCUCCCGCUCUCUUUCUCUCUCUCUCUCAUAGAUGUGUGUUUAUAUACUAACUCUAUGUAUAUCUAGAUGUGUGUGUUUAUAUACUAACUCUAUGUAUAUCUGUGUGUAUAUUAUAGAUAUAUACACACACAGGCACAAGUGUUCUCCCUAACCCUCUCUCUCUGUAGAUCUGAUGCGUGUUUUCCCCUCUUUCGUUGCUCAGACCAUUUUCGUGCUGAUUUUUCUGCCUUUUCUUAUUUUUGUUGGAUUUUGGGUCUUUUCCAUUUCUUCGCAACUAUUUGGUGGAAGAAUGUGUUGGCUACUUGGCGAGUUGAGACGAACAUUCCACGGUUCACUUCGAUUUUCUCGAACUUCGAAGUUUGGAUUGCCUGAGAAAUCAUCUCCAUCACCAUCAUCUAAAAAAUUCUCAUUUGGGUUGUCGGUGAAUCCAACUGGCAUAUCAUUCACUACCGUGUCUCCUACAAAUCAUCUAAAAAAUUCUCAUUUGUUGAAGUAGUUGUGAAGAUUGGUUUCUCCUACAAAUCGAAGCUUCAUUAGUUUUCUAGAAUACAACCAAGAAAAAACAGAUUUGAUGUAUAACAUUGUGAUAUUUGCAUCUCUUUGACUAAUAUUUGAAGUGGGGUUGCUUGAUUUUACUCUUGCUCCAGCUUCUAUGCGGGUUUUCUGUCGAUUCUUUGCUUGAUUGUUUGUGGGUUCUCUGUUGAAAUUGUCUAUUAUGUAGUUUAUUACGAAAUUGAAAGUUGCAAAUCCAAUUUUAAUCAAGAUCUAGGGCUGUGCACUAAUGCUUCUCUUGGAAUGAUCGAAAAAGUUGGAAGCUAAAAGCAAACUUAUUCGAUGCAAAUUACAAUCUCUACCUUUAUGGGUACAUUACAUUCACUUGAUUUUGAGUGAAUAUCCAUAUUUUUAAAAAAAAAAAGAAGAAGAAAACGUUAAAAGAGAGAAAUAAUAUAUGGUGUAAAAUAAAAAUUAUAAUUUAUUAAAAAAGAGAGUUAAAAUGAGGGUGAUGCACUUAAAAAAAAAACUCCUACAAUUCACUCUUUAACUAUACAAUACAUGCUAAUGUCUAAUAGAUUAAGAAAGAAAACUAAGAAUAAAGAGAAAGGUAAUAGGAUUAUAGGAGGACUGAAAUGAAGAGUGCUUCUCAAAACCAUAAGAAAAUGACUCCCCUUGGAAUUUUCUGCUCUUUCUUCACAUUGCUAUAAUGAAUGAAGUUUGGAAGUGAAGAAACCUAUAUCAAAAAUAAUAUGUUAAAGAAACCUAAUGAAUAAUAUGUAAACUUAUUUCAUAAAAGAUUUAAAUUCAUCGUUAUCAAUGGGGUUUAAGUAAAAGAAACCUAAUGAAUGAUAUAUAUUUUAAAUUGUUUAUGCAUAGAAGAUUAAGCAAAUUAAGAUGCAAGAGAUUAAGUAAAAUGGACUUUUAAAUAGAUCCCAUUUUGAAUUAUAAGUAAAAAUUGUCCAUCAAUUAUUCAAAAUGUUACGCCAGGAUCUCCUGUUUACGUAAAGAAUAAUUAAUUACUUUUUAAUUUCGUAAUGUAGGUUAAAUUAAUUAUAUUUCUGUUCUGAAAGGAGUUUCUUUUUUUAUCUUGAAAGCCAAAGCAACAUAACUACACAAGUCUGGAGCCUUCAAAUUUACUAUAUGCAUAUUAAGACCCACUCAAAUGAUUAAUAAUGAGCAAUUAUUUAAAAUUGAGAUCUCAAAAGUUGUAGCUUGUAGAUUUGGCUUGGCUGUUGGGUGUUGGUGAGUUCCAAAAGCUCGAGGAAUCCAAUAUUUAGGAACACAAGAGUUCCUGACUGUGAGCAGUAGGGAACCCAAGGUUCUUUAACCUUGAACUGUGGUUACCCCCGGUUGAUGGUCGCAGCCAUGGCGAUGGCUGGUAUGUAUUGUUUAAUAUUUAAUUUAUUCAAAUUGUAGAACACUUACUGAUGUAUUUUAUUAUAUAAAUUUUGUAAUAUUUUUUAUUAUAAAACCUUAAUAAGUAUACAAUAAUUUUAAUUUCUAUUUUUUGUUCAGUGUUUAUAAAUUUUUUUUUUACUUGCUCUUAUAUUUUGAUUUGCAAUAUUAGUAAACAUUAUAAAUUUUAUAUAUUUUUUUUAUUUGAGCUUUAUAGAGCAUUUAAUACAAGUAAAAUUAUUAUAACAUAAUGCAUAUAAAUUAUUUACACCAUGCCUUUAGGCAUGGGUAUACGUUAGUUAUAUAAUAAAAUAUGAUGGUUUUUGAAAAUAUCUAAAAAGAGAGACAUUUCAAUGGCUAAGAUCAUUUCUGAUACAUUUAAUGGUUGGAAUUAAAAUAUUUUUUGCCCACACGCAGGCUAAUACAUAUAUACACACCCACAAUGGCCGAUUCUCUCUAUAUAUUUUAAUUCCACCCACAAUGGCCGAUUCUCUCUCUCUCUAUACAUCACACAUACCUAUCCACCCACAAUACAUAUCUAUAUAUACAAAAAGCAAGCCCCACACACAAGCUAAUACAUAUAUACACACCCACCCACCCAACUCUCUCUUUAUACAUCACACAGAUACCCACCCACCCACAAUACAUAAAUAUAUAUAUAUAUAUAUACAUAGAGAGCAAGCCCCACACACAGGCUAAUACAUAUAUACACACCCACCCACCCAUAAUGGUUGAUAUAUAUAUAAGAGAGCAAGCGGUGGCUGAUAUAUAUAUAUAGAGAAAGUGUUGGCUGGCGAUGGAGCCUGAAACAGCGAGCGGCUAGAGGUGGGCUCGCGGUGGAGAGCCGAUGCAGCGGUUGGGUACGACGGUCGGAUGCGACCGAUGGCGGUCAGAGGCGCGAGAGGUGGCCCGCAUCGACGAACGGCUGAUGGCGACGGUGGGGCGACGACCGGCAGAGGCCAGGCCAGCGGGUGGCCGGUGCUGUAUUUUUUGUGUGUGUGUGCGAGCAAGGGGAAAAUGGAAGAAGAUGAUUCGAAAUUGGAGACCAGUGAAGAGGCGAAGGAGAUUGAGGGCGUGCUAAGCUCGACCGAUGCAAGUGAAAGUGCGAUAGAUUGAAGGUUACGAGCUUCAAUUAGAGAACAUGCAAUUCAGAGCAGCGUAGAGAGUUGGGAUUGAAAAUUGGGGAUGAUUAAUUAAUGCCUUCAAGCGCUGUAUGAUAAUCUAUGGGGCCAAGGGUUUCGUGUGAUUGGAGUUGGAAAUCCACAAAAGACGAGUAAUGAUGCUCCUAAUUUAAUUGUAUUUAUUUAGUUUCACUUCAACCAAUAUCAUUAGGGUUGGGCUAUUCUUUACAUUCUACAUCUGUAUCGCUUUCAACUGUUCAAUCCCUCAAUAUCUCUUUGCUACUUCUGUUAAGCAAUAAGAUAUACAUUUUUACUGUUUUGGA